CCUGGCGAGAGCGGGGUAUUUGCCCCAAAACGUCCCCCUGCAGAUGAUCUCAUAUUUGUCUCAGGAGACCGAGUUUCUGCCGUGGCACGCUGCUAGUCGAGCUCUUUACCAGCUGGACAAACUCCUGGACCGCACUGAAGACCACAGCCUGUUCAGCGACUAUGUUCUAAGACAGGUGGAACCGAAGUAUCACAAGUUGGGCUGGCCGGCCGCUUCCCCUGACAGCUCCUUCAUGCAGGUGGCUUAUCAGGCCGAAGAGUUGCAGAGAGAGGUGAUGAUGCUGGCCUGCAGUUUUGGAAACAAACACUGUCACCGGCAGGCUGUUUCUCUCAUUUCAGACUGGAUUUCCAGCAACAAGAACAGGAUUCCACCCAACGUGCGGGACAUUGUGUACUGCACAGGCGUUUCUCUGAUGGAUGAGGAUGUGUGGGAGUUUAUCUGGAUGAAGUUUCACUCCUCUACCGCCAUCUCUGAGAAGAAGGUUCUCUUGGAGGCCUUGACCUGCAGUGACAACAUCUUCCUGCUCAACAGGAUUCCACCCAACGUGCGGGACAUUGUGUACUGCACAGGCGUUUCUCUGAUGGAUGAGGAUGUGUGGGAGUUUAUCUGGAUGAAGUUUCACUCCUCUACAGCCAUCUCUGAGAAGAAGGUUCUCUUGGAGGCCUUGACCUGCAGUGACAACAUCUUCCUGCUCAACAGGCUCCUGAAUCUGUCCCUCACCUCUGACCUGGUGCCGGAUCAGGACGUGAUCGAUGUCAUCAUACAUGUGGGCCGCAAUCCGCUGGGAAGACAUUUAGCAUGGAGAUAUUUCCGCGAGAAGUGGGACAUCUUGAAUUCCAGGUAUGGCGAAGCCUUAUUUAUGAACUCAAAAUUAAUCAGCGGCGUGACAGAGUUUCUCAACACUGAGGCUGAGUUGAAUGAGCUGAAAGAGUUCAUCCUCACCAGCGGGGGAGAGUCAGCACCUGCGUUUGCUCGAGCUGUUGAGAUCGUUCAAACUAAUGUAAAAUGGCACAUCCUGUUCCAACAACAGUUUUACCGGUGGCUGCGGAAAGCUCCUGACGGUUAAUGCAACAUUAAGCAUGGAGCCCACUAUUAGCAUGGAAACUUAUGGCCAGUGAGGUGGGGAGA